AACAAAUUGGCGUAGUAGGAGUAAAGGUUCGGAGGACGCAAGCGCGCGCGCCGCCGAGUACGCCCAAAGACGACGACGGAAGUCGCGGCAACAAACAGUGACCGGCAAACAUCGAGAAGUCCGUUGGCGUCGACCGCGCGGUUACGUUCGAUUACACGCUAGCUACACGUGUUCGUGUCCGUUAUGCGGUUGCUAUCCGACAGAGAUCGACGAAUGAUGUUCGUUACACCGAAUUCGUGAUUUGUUACAUGUAUUUUUUUUUUUUGUAUAGAACUACACAAAUUUUGAUUUACCAAAACUCACGCGCGUACCGUGCGCGUUAAAAAUGUUGUCAAUUAUGUAAAUCAAACUCUAGUGCCAUUGAAUUUUUGCCCAGUAGUCAUAUUCUGACCGGAUCUCGAAAAUGUACCGAUGUCGAACAAUCAAAACGUACAAGACAAAUCGAUCGUUCAAAAUCAAAAACUGCCACCACAGAUUAGAAGAACGCCAAUACUGUUGGAGCUGCAGUAGCCAGCUCAGUCCUCGAUGUGGUCAACGGUUGAGCAGGCGUUUGGCCCGCUCUGUAUCAGUGCCUCCGAGAAACGUUCACCGAUCAGUGCCAUUUUGUAGAUCUAAGUCAAUGCCAUACCGCGAAAAAGACGCCAAAAUGCCUGCGAAUUUCGAAAAUUCUUCUAUUAAAACAUGUUUUUCCUUGUCGUCACUUCACCCCUCUACGACCAAUGUAGAGAUUGGGCAGCAAGUGAAACAACGACCUUAUAACAGCCUCACCAAAAAAAUCAAGAAAAAUGAACCGCCUAAUCAACAAGAUUGUUGGAGAGGCGAUAGUAGUUUCGAGUUUUUGUCCAGUCUGAGAACCAGUUAUCAAUAUCUUAUGGAUAAUAACUUAAUUGAGAGCUGUAGAGAAAUCAGAUGUGAUCUGAGUAAUGCUUCGCCUAUUCAAGAAUGGAAUGUUGAGCGGUUAAACAUUUAUAUUAAAGAGUUGGAGAAGAGUUUUUGUUCAGGAACGCCGGCAAAAAAUAAUGGUCGUUCUGUAGCAGAAAAUGUAUUGUCACCCAAAAGACUGAGCAUGAGCGAAGAAGUUCGUAGACUGAACAUUUUGCGCCAUAUAGCGCAGCUAUCCAAAAGACUGCCAAAUUUUCGGGAACCGUCGCUAAAUCAAAGCCGCUCCUCCAUUUACAAUGCACAUUAUUUAGAUGUAAAGUCUAAUUUACGAACAUUGGAUCAAUGGAUGGGUCAAAUGGAAGUGCGGUUAAAACCAAACUAUUUUCGAGUUGAUUGGAAUCGUCGCGAAAUUAGUCAAAAAACAGAAGAACACAAGUCCAUACACAGUGACAUCGAAUCGAAGGGCAAAUGCAUCCGUUUGGCAUUAAAGUAUUGCCAGUGGUUAUCCGACGAACAUCAGCUUGCGAGUAACCAAGAGGUAUUACAAGCUGUGCCUUCUCUGACUAAAAAGGCGAAGCACUUUGAACACCGCUGGCAAUUACUGUAUAUCAGAUCACUGGAGUGGAUUUGUUUUAUUGAAAGCCUAUCAGUGAAAAAAUGUCGCAAGGAUAGUAUUAGUUCUUCAGAUCGCGAUGAAGAACCGGUCCAUAAAUAUCCUCGGAUGAACGAAGAACGCAUUUUACCGAAAUUAUCAAACGAUAAAAUGGAAACUGGAAAAUCACCUAUUCCCGUGCUACAUACAGAGCGAAUGCCAUUUGACGAAACGGCCAACUUUCAUAGGUCGGAUAGAAAGGGUCCGAAUCUGGCCACUUUCUAUUAUAGGCAUCUCGACACUGAUUCGGAACAGGAAACUAAGAAAAAUUCGAUUCCAUUAAAAAUUGAUGAGAAAACAUCGGAGUCGUCGGGAGAAGACGAAGAAGAAUGGACUUACAGCCCGAGAACAACCGAUGUAACGAAAAAAACAGAAGAGCACAUUUCGUUAGCGGAACCUGCCAAUUUAGAUGAAAUAAAAGCCUUGGUGGAUAACGUGAAUUGGUCAGUUCCGAAACCGAAAUAUCAGGAUAAACAUUGGAUAUCUGGUAGCGGAGUGAAAAGAAAACAUAUCAUAAAUGAAAACUUAGAUCCCGAAGACGAAGGGUGUAUCGGUGACAGUUGUGAUGCCAGCGGCGAAUACACGACGGAAGACGAUGACCAACAUUUCAGUUCGGAUAACUAUUCGCAUUCUUCGCGAUCUUGUGAUAUAACUGUUGUACAGUCCGCCGAUUUGGAGUUUUCUUGUAGCCCGGGUCGUUUAAACAUUUGCAGUUCUCCAAAAGUCAUUUUGAGGCCUAAAACCAACUCUAGAAACGCUCUGAGACCAGUUAGUAUGUCUGGCCUUCCCCAAAGCACCCCGAAAGCGAGGCUGCUCACCGAUUCCUGUCAGUUAUCCGUUUCCGAAUCGGCCUUAAAUAGUCUUUCUCAUGAGCAAGUGUCUGUUAACGGUAGAGAUUCGUCGACUAUCGAAGAAUCUACCGCUACUCAGACGCAAGACUGCUGCAGUGGACCUUAUACCACGAAUUCCUUGAGGAGACGCAAACUAAAGCACAGAAAACGAAGCACAGUGGAAAAGAAGAGCAAGAGUGGUUCGGCUGACAGCCUUUCGUCCGCUGUCAAUUCUGUUACGUACAAUGAUAUGGUCAACUCUGGUUCGUUUUCCGGCUCUUUGUGCGGCAUUUCUCUAAUCGAACCGCAGCGAGCGGACUCGGAGACGGAAGAAGAAACUACUAAAGAGUCGAGAAGGCAGGCCUCGCGGAAACGACCAAUGAAAAUGCCCGUAUUCCGCUUAGGCGAGUUUGGCGCGGUCACCCCGAGGGAAAAUCGAUUUCCUCUAAGGUCUCAAAUGCCGUCAGGUACGACGACGGACUUUAGCUCGUUUUCCGAACAGGCCUGGGACAGCUAUCAAGAGAAGUACUUAAGCGAACCUUACAGCGAGGACCCUCCCGAUCCCGAAUCCGUUAGGCGCCUGUUAGACUUUGGCGACGAUUACAGAAAGUACAUCGACAGUCAGUCCGACUGCGCCUCUAGUAUCGGCAGACCCGCGUUUAUCGAUGACGAUACCUUUGAACAAGAGUCGUGUGAAUCCGUGCGCAAGUUGAUUCUCAAGAGUAGGUUGCAGUUGAACUAUUUGGAACAAGUGCUUUCCAAACUGGUCACUUGCCCUAACUCGAAUCUUACACUAACUGAUGUUGGCCAGGUAAAACAGUGGUGCCGAGAAAACGAGUACUGUCUUCGUUUCUGUUUGGAAGGGAUCGACGAUAAUAAUACCGUAAUUUCGGCGAACGAUAUCGCAGAAGUCGAAGGUAUGGUGAAAAAAUGCGAGCGCAUUGAACUGGAAAUUUCCAAGCAAGAACAAUUCCAUUUGCUGAAGACUGACAUUGCAGCGAUUAAAACACAUUUAUUAGCAUUUACUCGUAAUGAUCGGCUCGACAGCAAUGUAAAAAAUAAACAUGAAUUACAAGUUUUCAUUCUCACUGCUAAGACUGAGUUAUCAAAUUUAGAAACGUAUUGGAAGGAUCGUAAUAUAGUAAUGAUAACCGAACAGUUGAAUAGGCAUUAUGAUGAGUCAACGCAACCUAAUGCUGUUCUUCUACAAAUGAGCAAAGAUGUAGCAGAUUGUUAUUCCAUGUUUACUAAUGCUAAGAAAAGGUUGGAAGACGAUAUAACGAGGUAUCAAGAAGCAUUGGUUACGUUGACCGAGUGCGACCGCCAACUGAUGGAGUUGGAGAUGAAGUUCAAAGGAUUCGGAGAUGAGGGCAGUUUGGGAGGAAUCCCGAAAUUGGGAGGUUUCGGUUCAGCGUCGGACAGUGGCAUGUCCGAUUCUGGAUCGGAGCAUGAGCUUAAUGAACAUGAAAAACGAUUAAGCAACCUAAGACAAUUAGCUAACAAUUUGAUGAGCAUCAUGACACCCGGAAGCGAAGCACUUUUAUCGAUUUUAUCUAGAAUUGAAAAUAAUGAGAAACAAUUGAAAGAACUUCAACAAACGUGUAAAGACCUAUUGGGAAAAGCUGAAGUCCAAGCUGAAGAUGUAUUGGAUAAAUCUAUUGAAACAAAAAUCGUUGAAACAUCAGAAGAAACCAAGUCGCCUUUGGACAAAUUCAAAGACAACACAACACUAUUAUGGCGCACACUUCGCAUUGCUGUACCAUUUUACCUGGCCAUCAUGAUUCUGUGCUCCCUGGGAUGGCUAGAACCGCAGUGCUGUGAACUGCAGAACAAUUACAAAUGGUCGUUUGCCUUAGGCUUACGCUAUUUAAACGGGCCGCCCCCGACGUGAUACAGGAGAUUGAUAUUUAUAAUUACUUAAAAAAAAUAUGCAUAACAACUGAAAAAUAACAUUCUUCCAUAUUGUGUGUGUGUAUACAGCUAUUUAUCGUUAUUACUAUAUUCUUUGUUAACUAUUUUAUUCUCGGGAGUACGUGAAACACAUUGGCGGCACAAAGCGAGGAGUCUCUGGUUUUCUUCUCGUUUCCCCUCCCACCCCACCUACCCAUUGAAAAUUCAACAUUCCUAACAAUUUUGUUUGUAGUAGUUAGUAGUUAGUAAGAACCUAUUGAAAUACAAUGUUUUUUUUUUAAAUAUAUAUAUAUAUACAUUUUAUGUAUUUUAAAUACGUUAGCCUUAAGCAUAUAUAUAUAUAUUAUUAUUAUUAAAAUUUGGUACUGAAAAAAGCAAAAAAAAAAAUUACCUAUGUAAUCUAAUAUUAUUUUAUUUUAAUGCUUUUUAUUGUAAAUAUUCACAAAAAUUGGUUUUGAUUGAUUGUUAAUAAUUUUUUUUUCUUAAAUAGUUUAUUUGUUUUUAUUUUUAUUAUUUAUUACGAUUUGAAGACGAUUUUAGUCGAAAAAAACGAUUACGUUGUUUUUUUAAUGCAAGUGACUCAACAAAAUAACUGAUGAAACAGAGAUAAUGAUUUUAACAAGAUGUAAUUAUCUUAAAUUUGAUUUGAUAGUGAAAAUAAUAAUAACUAUAACAAAUCAUGAUAUGUUUCGCUGUUGAUAUCAUCCCCGCUAACCAUAUUUUUAUAGGACCUUGUUACCAAUUUAAACAUUAUCCAAAGUACAAAGUGCAUAACUUUUUAGUUUUUCAAAACCAAACAAAAAAUAUAAUUGUUAAGUGUGCUUAGAAAAAAUGUUUUCUACAGCUAAAAGUUUUAUUUUAUCUACUCGAGAUAAUAUGGGUAUAACAUUUAAAUACACUAAAGAAAUUGUUCUAGUUUUUAUGUAGGAGUUAGUCAAACAUAUUUUAUAGGAGUGUUACUUUAAUCUUUUUUUUAUAUACAGAAUCCUCGGCUUAGGAUU